AUGGAAUCUUCCAACAGGAGUGUGGUAAAGGCGUUUGUCAUCUUGGGGUUCCCAGCUUCUCCACAGAUUUCCAUGCUGUUCUUCACCCUAGCCUUGGCCACCUAUGUUCUCACUGUUACUGCCAACAUCAUCAUCAUCUCAGUCAUUAAGGCAAACCCAAAACUGCAGCGACCCAUGUACUACUUCCUUGGCAACUUCUCCUUCAUGGAGAUCUGGUAUACCACCUCCACUGUGCCAAAGAUGCUGGAAAGCUUCCUGGCUGGUGGGAGUACAAUCACUGUGGCAGGUUGCAUUGCCCAGCUCUACCUUUUCUUUGCCUUGGGCUCCACUGAAUGCUUCCUCCUGGCUACUAUGGCUUAUGACCGCUACUUGGCCAUCUGCCGUCCUCUUCAUUAUCCGACUCUUAUGACUUUGCAAGUAACUACAUGGCUGGUGACAGCAGCCUGGGUGGGUGGAUUUCUGGCUCCUUUGCUCCCCAUUGUCCUCAUCUCCCAGCUCUCAUUCUGUGAGCCUAAGGAGAUUCACCAUUUCUUUUGUGAUGCUGGGCCCCUGUUGAGGCGGUCAUGUGGCAAUGCCUUUGUCAGCUCUACCCUAGUCACAGUUCUUGCUUCCUUUGUCAUCCUCAGCACCUGCUUGCUCACCAUGGUAUCCUAUAUCUUUAUAAUCUCAACCAUACUUAGGAUCCCCUCAGCCAGUGGGAGACAAAAGGCCUUUUCCACUUGUGGCUCACACCUUACUGUGGUGGUGAUUUACUAUGCCACAGUUAUCUUCAUAUAUGCAAGACCCAUUUCCCCUUCUCCUUCUAAGCUAGAUACAGUGGCAUCAGUUUUUUAUGCAGUAGUCACCCCACUGCUCAAUCCAAUGAUUUAUAGCUUAAGGAAUAAGGAGGUAAAGGAUGCUUUGAAGAAGUUGAUGAGUAAAAACCGGGUCUUUGUUAAAAAUAUUGGAGCUAUGAUCAUGGUUUGCUGGUAG